CAGAACCACGUGCUCGGACUGUCACAGGUGACGUACAGUCGAUAGAAGGACAGCAUGGCGAGCAAAGAUCCCGGAGGUUUUUUGCAGCAACUCAGGCAGAUUGCCAGCAGGAUGGGGUCUGGUCCUCGAGGCGCUGGUUUGGGUGUGAAGCUGCUCAUCGGAGCUGGAGCCCUCGUCUAUGGAGUCAAAGAAGCCACAUAUACUGUGGAGGGUGGUCAGAGAGCCGUUAUCUUCAGCAGAAUCGGAGGCAUGCAGAUGGACACUGUACUUGCAGAAGGAUUGCACUUCAGGAUGCCAUGGUUCCAGUACCCUAUUAUCUAUGAUAUCCGAGCCAGGCCCAGGAAGAUUUCCUCCCUCACUGGAAGCAAAGAUCUUCAGAUGGUGAACAUUGGUCUUCGUGUGUUGUCUCGCCCGGUUGCCUCCCAAUUGCCAAUCAUGUACCAGCAGCUGGGGAAGGACUAUGACGAGCGCGUGCUUCCUUCCAUCGUCAACGAGGUGCUCAAGAGCGUCGUGGCCAAGUUUAACGCCUCCCAGCUGAUCACACAGAGAGCUCAGGUGUCACUGCUCAUAAGACGAGAUCUAAUCGAGAGGGCUAAAGACUUUAACAUCAUCCUGGAUGACGUGGCCAUCACAGAGCUCAGCUUCAGCAAAGAAUACACAGCUGCCGUGGAGGCCAAACAAGUCGCCCAGCAGGAGGCGCAGAGGGCUCAGUUCUUCGUAGAGAAGGCCAAGCAGGACCAGAGACAGAAGAUUAUCCAGGCUGAAGGUGAAGCCGAGGCUGCUAAAAUGUUGGGUCAAGCUGUUACGAAGAACCCGGGUUACCUGAAACUCCGACGCAUCAGAGCAGCACAAAAUAUUGCCAAAACGGUGGCAGCUUCUCAGAACAAGGUGUACCUGAAUGCAGACAGCCUGGUUCUGAACCUCCAGGACAGCACCUUUAACAAUCUGUCGCUGGGGAAAUGAGAAGAGCAUCAUCCAUGAAGAACAUAUGCAUUCCAUAUGUAAGCAGUGUUUGCUGAGCCGCUAUGUUUAUGCCCUCUUCUUAAACCGACUGUGAGCAGAGUCUCUCUCUCAGUGCAGUUUUCUGCUGGGGGCUCAGAUCAGACACGGGCCGGGCAGCCUUACAGAUUCACAUCAUAUACAUGUACAUGCACUUGUUUGUUGUUCAGCAGCUCUUUCAAACUCAAUUUUGGUAAAUCCAGCUUCAGAACAAGUACGUUAACUAAUAAUGAUUACAAAAUAAUAUAUAU